GCCCAUGACGACGUCGUUUAACGCGCUCGAGACAUUUCUUGCUUUAAGAAAAAUCCUUUAAAAAAAUUGCAAUUACGUCGCAAUUGAAUUCAUCGCGUGUGUAUAUGUCAUCAAUUUAUCAACGACUUUUAUUGUGAAGAGUAGUUUGACCGCGGUGGGCGUCUCAUCACCGUUGUGCAGCUUUACGACGCUGGAGAUCAAUACAUAUAGUCAGCUUGCUUGCAAUCAAACCGCCAACAUAGAUGCAGCUUAUUUGAUGUAAACCGGAGCGAACAAUGAUGCCGACAAAGCUGUCGCCGUGUUCCGCCAGCUAAACGACAGGCUGGUGAGAUUGCAUCACUGACUGGGUGAUGUCCGCCCUGCAGCCUCUGCAGCAGUCCUGGGAGGAGGAUCCAGCAGCCUGCUAACAGAGCCAGCCCCGGCUAGCUGAUGCUGAUGACUGGCUGUUUCUUGACAUUGAUUUGCAGGUGGGAGGCAUCAUGGCCGGUAAGGUGAAGUGGGUGACAGAUAUUGAGAAAUCGGUGCUCAUCAACAACUUUGAGAAGAGGGAAUGGGUUCAAGUGACAGAAAAUGACGACUGGAAUUUCUACUGGAUGAGCAUCCAGACCAUCAGGAAUGUGUUCAGCGUGGACACCGGCUACCGCCUGUCAGAUGACCAGAUGGUUAACCACUUCCCCAACCACUACGAGCUGACCAGGAAGGACCUGAUGAUCAAGAACAUCAAACGCUACCGCAAGGAGCUGGAGAAGGAAGGCAGUCCGCUGGCAGAGAAGGACGAGAACGGGAAAUACAAUUAUCUAGAUUUUGUCCCCGUGACGUUCAUGCUCCCCGCCGAUUAUAAUCUCUUUGUGGAGGAGUACCGCAAGAACCCGUCCAGCACCUGGAUCAUGAAGCCCUGCGGGAAGGCUCAGGGCAAAGGCAUCUUCCUCAUCAACAAACUGUCCCAGAUCAAGAAGUGGUCCAGGGACAGCCGCACCUCCACGUUUGUAGCAGCGUCUAGUGGCAAGGAGGCCUACGUGAUCUCCCUGUACAUCGACAAUCCUCUGCUGAUAGGAGGGAAGAAGUUUGACCUGCGUCUCUACGUUCUGGUGACAACAUAUCGGCCUCUGAAAUGCUACAUGUACAAGCUCGGCUUCUGUAGGUUCUGCACAGUCAAGUACACGCCCAGCACCAGUGAGCUGGACAACAUGUUUGUUCACCUCACCAAUGUGGCCAUCCAAAGACAUGGGGAUGACUACAACCACGUCCAUGGAGGCAAGUGGACGGUCAGUAACCUCCGGUUGUACCUAGAGAGCACCAGAGGGAAGGAGGUGACCAGCCGACUGUUCGACCAGAUCCACUGGAUCGUGGUGCAGUCACUGAAGGCCGUGGCUCCUGUGAUGAACAAUGACAAGCACUGUUUUGAGUGUUACGGUUAUGACAUCAUCAUUGAUGACAAGCUCAAGCCGUGGCUUAUUGAGGUCAAUGCCUCGCCCUCGCUGACCUCCAGCACAGCCAACGACCGCAUCCUGAAGUACAACCUCAUCAACGACACCCUCAACAUCGUCACGCCCAACGGGGACAUCCCGGACUGCCGCUGGAAUCGCAGUCCGCCCCGAGAGGCCCUGGGCAACUAUCAAGUCCUGUAUGACGAGGAGCAAGCGCAGAGCGAGAAUGCCGAGCGUGACCUGCGGAGCCGCUCUGGUCAGUCCCUGGGGUCAAAGGGCACCAAGGGGAGUGCAGGCGUUCGACCCGCUGCCGCCACCUGGAAGUGAGGUGACACUGCGGACUCCUAAUGACUUCCUGUACAUCAUGACAGGGUCCAACAGUGGGGUACGGGGGAUUAAAAAAGAAAAAAGAAAAAAGUCUGUUCCCUGUCUCCACAUUUCACUGACUGAGUUCACAGGGGGUGGCAACUCUGCUGCUGGAGGGGAGGAAAAUCAACAAUGUGGUCAUAUUUGGGGAGUUUAAAGGCCGGAGUUUGUCUCUGUUUGUAUGAAUGAGUAACUAAAAAUGUAGACAUUGUGUCGGUGGUGUCAAUAACUCAACAGCAGUUCCCACCCACAGCCGAAGCUCCCUAAGAAGAUGAGGAAAAAAAACUGAAAACCAAUGGAUGACACCUUGGGAGAGAACAUUCUAACAGAAAGAUCCCUGUCCUUGGAUGGCUAGGGCGGCCAAAAUGGCAACUACACAAAUGAAAAGAAAGUUGUAUGUUGUAUACAUCAAUAGGAUUUAAAAUCCACCGUGAUCGAGAAGGAUUGCAACGACCUGAACUAUGCAUGAUUACCGAGUCCUCACACUCUGACUAGACUGACCACACAGGUGCUAUAAAGAAGGAGCUCUGUGAGACGAAAAAAGAAGACAGAGGAACAAGAGAUCUCACUAAUACAAGAUAUAAUAUACUGACAGGCAGAAUUUACAGUACUAAAUGUGUAUAGACCGCAAAAUAGAAUUGAAUCAUGUUUUUUUAUAUGUUUAUUAUCAAUAUGCAUAUGCAGGGGGGUUCAUUAUGAUUGAUUGUAUUCAGUGCUGAACCCCAUUGUCCCUCAUUACUUUGCUUGAAUAAAUAAUAGAUAUGUUGCAUUUUGAGUUGGACCGCUGACGCCAUAUCUGCUGCUCAUCUAGAAUCUUAAAUACUAACAUGUGUUGGGAAUGUUGGGAACAUUGUUAGCUGUCAACCGAAAUAUUGAAACACCGAUGAUGAGUUGAUCUAUUUUGACACACUGAAGGUAUUUCAGUUUUUUGCAGUAUAGUCAUUUUAUAGUAUUUUUAAACAAAGUGACAAUGUGUCACCAGAUAAACUUAGCUUUUAGAGCCAUUUGGAAAUAAUGUAUUACUUCAGUAAUGAUUCGGGUGAUUUUAAAGAAAAGAGAAGGGCAGUGUGCUCACCCAUCAAUCAAGGCGUAAGUCUAUAAUUAAGAUUAUCAUGAAAAUCACUCUGUUUACUCUAAAACAAGGGGCGUCUUUUGUCAAUAGAUGAAAGAAAGGUGGUGAAAGGUUUCCAGAGUAAACAAGCAGAUUGUGAUUCAAUCAAGUUCUUGCUGUUGCUUGCAGUAAAGUCUCUGCGUGGCACCGCUCCUUGAAAGUUUGACACUCCUGAUCUGUAUAAGUCGUUGUUGAUUUAUACACAUUUAUUGAGAGAUUAAUCAAACUCUGAGGUGUGUCGAAUAAGGAACAGGGUUGACAUGAGAAUAGGUUCCCACCUGAUGGUUUUCGCUUCUUUAUUGUGGUUAUAGACUGUGCAGCGUUUGUUGUGUUCAUGACAUGAAGCCUUUCUGUUUUGGGCUUCUCUUUAUGAGAAGUGCAUCAAUGCCUUUAAGUUUGUGUCGACCUUUUAAAUAAAAUAUCUAUAUUGGUG